AGCUUUCUUCUGAAUUGUUAAAGUUAUGUCUUUGUGUUGUAUUGUCCCUCUUGUUUUCAGCCUGAACCCUGAUCCUACAGAGAGACACACAUUCUGGACCCUGGGGGUCGGCGGGAUCUUCCUCAUGCUGUCCCUGUACGGAGUGAACCAGACUCAGGUGCAAAGAUAUCUCAGCUCGCGCACAGAGAAGGAGGCUGUCAGGUCCUGCUACAUGGUGUUUCCCUUCCUGCAGCUGGCUCUGGCUCUCAGCUGUGUGAUGGGCCUGGUCAGGUUUUCACGUUACUGUGGAGAGGAUCACUCCGACAAACUGGGCUCUUACUCCACGGAUGCGAUGGUGUUAUACUUUGUGAUGGACAUGCUGCAGGGUCUGCCUGGGCUGCCCGGACUGUUUGUUGCUUGUUUAUUCAGUGCAGCUCUCAGGUACGACGCUCAACACAGUUUUAUUUUCAGCCUUUUUGGGGCAGUUUUGAUUUAACAUAAGAUUAAACCCAAUUGGUCUCAGACGCUCUGAACCUCCUGUUCAAAACAACACAAGAGCAUCAAAGUUUGGUUGUCUCCCUAUUACCCAAACCAGGAAAUAUGCUGUAAAGA